AUGCCUGUGGAGUCAACGGCGUCGCGGGGCUCUCUUCCGGCCAUCGUCAUUCAACAGGCCAUUACGCAGCAGGUUGCCACGAACACCAGCACCGAUGUUCCUUACCAGACGUCAUCGUUAUCGCCAUCGCGGCCGCCGUCGGCUCUCCGAGUCGAGGCUGAGACACGGCAAGGGUAUGUGUACCAGGGCAAGCUUCUGUCGUUGGAUGACGACUAUAACAUCAGCUUGGCGGAGGCAACAUCAUGGCGUGAUCGCCUGUGCGAUGUUGAGCGUGCGCUGCUGGCGGUGAGAGGGUUUCCUGCGCCUGCUGCAAGUCCCGCGACACGUCGGCGUUACGUUGGCUCCGUUUUUAUUCGCAGCAGUAACCUGCUGAUGGUGCGGUUUCUAGAAUACGACGAGCCGGGCGCGAAUGGGCGUCGGGAUAAUAGCCAUGGUGCUGCCGGUUUGAGGUCUGCCUUUAAGUCCAUGGUGUCGAAAGUCAAGCGACAGAUCAAUAUGGAGCGGAAAAGGAAUCGCAUGGAGCGACAGAAACGCCUGCAUCUGGCUCAAACGCCUGUGCCAACUAAGGCGGCGAAUGACGGGAGUGGUAUGCGUAGUCGAAAGGAUCCAAAGGCCGGUUCAAAUAGGAGGAGGGCAGGAGAAUUUUCUUCAUGA